AGUAAAAUGAAGUUUUUAGCUGCUGCUGCUCUCGUAGUUUUGAUUUUCUGUUCGCUUGGGGACGGCAAAACUUGCAAAAGUGGUGUCAAAAUCCAGCUGGAUGGUGCAGUUAUUAUUGACCAAGGGACUGGAGCACUGUUGCAUAAUUCCACGAGAUACGAAAAAAACGAGUUCGUCCAAAACGACAGCAAGUUUUAUUUCUGUCCAUGCAACAGAAAAUCGUGCACCAGACUUUGUACCAAAGAGUUGGCACAAAAAGCUAAUUUGACGGUACCAACAAAAGGAGCAACUUUAAACGUCAGCAGCAACGGGAACAAAUCUGAAAUCGUCAACCUGUUCGAGUGUUUCCAUGUGCUGCCUGAAGGAGAUUGCUGGUCGGCGCAUUUACUAGACAUCGAGGAGGACACAUACCAAAUUUUAGCCAAUGGUUCCAUUUAUUUUAUAAAUGGAAUUGAAGGAUACCCAUCAAUUUUCGAUAUGCACAACUACUGUCUACUGAGUGACGGAUCGUCGAUUGCGUUAGGGUGCCUUGUCAAGGAGGAUACUGAGAUCGACGUUCAGUCUACAGAAGAGGCACUUAAUGAGACGACAACGGAUGCAACGACAACGACCAAAACAACAAGCAAACCCAACGUGAGCGAGACAACUGAGAAGAAGCCCAAAUUUUUCUAUUGGUCAAAAACCGAAUUGAUUUAUUUUUAAGCGAGGAACGAAAAAACGGAAUGAUUAUUGAAUUUAUAAAAAUAAUAAAUUGAUCAUCAUGAUGAUUUCAUGCAAUGCAGUAAAAAAACCAUUGCCGUUUGAGUAGAACAAUUUUUUUGGUAAUUCCUCAAUUUAGGAAAUAAGUUAUUUUACAGAAGCAGUUUGCCAUCAC